UUUUACAUUACAUUGAAAACGACAUGUUGCUUACAAGCUAAAGUUUGCUAAAGUUGCCCUGAAGGAAUAAAAUUAUCCAACAAACUAUUCUUUCUUGCUUUAAUAUAAGCACCCAAUCUUUUCAAGAAAAGUAGGAAACAAGCCAAAAGUUCAUAUUCUAUUUUACCAAAAAAAAAAAAAAAUGGUUGCAGUAUUCAACAAAGAGCUUUUGAGUUGGUACCUGAUAACUCUCAAGCUCAAAGAAACAGUUGAUGCAGGACUUCAAAAUGCUACUAGUCCUUCUCCCACCACCAGCAGAUCCAUUGAUUUUCCAGAAUUACCCCUGCAACAACAACAACAACCCCUGUUACAAAAAGAAGAACAUCAGCCGGUUGAUUCUUUGAAAAUUACAGUUGAUGACAAUGCUCCUAAUGUAGAAGAAGGUCCGAAAUCACCCGAAUCCGAAUGGGUAAUUAGCAUUAAGGACAAAUUAGAGCAAGCUAAGCAAGACAAUGAUGCUGGAUCAUGGGCUAAACUUUCCAUUUACAGAGUCCCUUUAAGUCUAAGAAGAGAUGAUGAUAAAGCUUAUAUUCCUCAAAUUGUCUCUUUAGGUCCUUAUCACCAUGGCAAAAGACGCCUACGGAAUAUGGAUCGCCAUAAAUGGCGAGCCGUUUACCACAUCAUCAAGCGGACAAAUCAGGAGAUUAAAAUGUAUAUCGAUGCUGUUAGAGAGCUCGAAGAGAAAGCGCGUGCCUGUUAUGAAGGCACAAUUGCAAUGAGCAGCAAUGAGUUUGUUGAAAUGAUGGUUCUUGAUAGCUGUUUUGUUCUGGAAUUGUUUCGAGGAGUUGCUGGUGGAUUUAAGCAUCUCGGUUAUGCGAGGAACGACCCGGUUUUUGCGAUGCGUGGAUCAAUGCAUUCGAUUCAGAGAGAUAUGAUUAUGAUUGAGAAUCAAAUUCCAUUGUUUAUUCUUGAUCGGUUGUAUGGGAUCCAAUCUGAAAUGCCUGAUGAGAAAGGUAUUGUAGCAAGGUUAGCUUUGAGGUUUUUUGAUCCAUUGAUGCCAACUGAUGAGCCAUUGACAAAGAGUGACUUGAAUAAGUUUCAGUCAUCAAUGGGACGUUCUACUUCUUUUGAUCCAUUGGGGGACCUUGGUGGACUUCAUUGCCUUGAUGUUUUCAGGAGGAGCCUUUUGCAGACAGGGCCUAAGCCAGCACCUAGGACGUGGAUCAAGCGUUGGUCGCAUUCGAAUAGGGUGGCAGACAAGCGAAGACAGCAAAUGAUUCAUAGUGUUUCAGAGCUGAAAGAAGCUGGGGUAAAGUUCAGGAAAAGGAAGACUGAUCGUUUCUGGGAUGUAAAAUUUAAGAAUGGAAUCUUCAAAAUGCCGCGGCUUUUAAUUCAUGAUGGUACAAAGUCACUUUUCCUCAACCUGAUUGCUUUUGAGCAGUGCCAUCUUGACUGCACCAAUGACAUAACUUCAUACGUUAUCUUCUUGGACAACUUGAUUGAUUCGCCAGAGGAUGUUAAAUACCUCCAUUAUUGUGGAAUAAUUGAGCAUUGGCUUGGCAAUGACGCUGAAGUUGCUGACCUCUUCAAUCGGCUUUGUCAAGAGGUUGUUUUCGACAUCAAUGACAGUUAUCUCUCGCAGUUAUCUGGUCAAAUUAACCGGUACUAUGAUCAUAGAUGGAAUGCUUGGCGUGCUACUUUAAGGCACAAGUAUUUCAACACCCCAUGGGCAAUUAUCUCCUUUGCUGCUGCUGUUAUGUUGAUACUCCUCACCUUCGCUCAAACAUUUUAUGGAGUCUAUGGCUACUACAGACCACCUCAAUAGUUCUCACUCAAUUCUUCAGACUGAUUUUUACAAUUCAUACCCAAUAGUUAGUAUACAUUGUGCCAAGAUGCUGGGCCACAACCGCCUUUGCUAAACCGGCAUUUGAAUUAUUGUUUCCUUUUUGGUGCUUUCACAUUGACUGGUCGAUGGAAAACCAGGAGAGUUCUUUUUCUUUCUUUCUUUUUCGUGUGCGACUGUGCGGUCUUUGGUAGACCGUGCCCAAAAUACAAGUUGAUAUACACUUGUAAUUGUGAAGAAUGCUCCAACGAUCUCUGAUUUUUUUUAAGAACUUACAUUUGGAACAUUCUUAAUCUCACUGAUUUACUGUU